UAAACUAUCUAGAGCUAAUUGUGUGGAAAAAAUAAAAAAUAAAGAAAACGUCAAGAAUGUAAACUUUACAAUUUUUCUUUUUACAAAUAAUAAAAUGAGAUGAAGACAUUACAUAGACUUAAACCGUGUUUAUUUUUUAACAUGUUUAUCUGGGGUUAAACUAAAACCAUUGAUUAGCCAAGCAAAUUAAUUAAUAAUUAGCUAUGAUAUCAACAAUCAAGAGAUCUUAUUCAAUUAAUUGUAAAACUCUUUUGAUACUAACUUCAAUUCUGACGUAUGAACUAAAAUAUUACCGGUGAUGUUUUAUUACUAGUAACUAGUAACUAGUAAGGGCUUUUAGUCUUCAACAAUAAAAUUAAAUGUACACUUACGCACAAGGGAGACUUUGUUUGGAACGUGGGAGAGAGAGAGAUCUGAUUUAGGUGAGGGAGAUCUGAAAUAUUAACAUUUUUAAUAUAUGGCAGAAAAUUGGGGCGACGAGAAAUAUAGAAAUUAUUGGGUGAGAGUGAGACCGAGGGAGAUCGGAGAUCUGAAUUAUGAAUCACACAAGUCACAAAAUUGAGGGUUAAGACUUAAGAGCAAAAAAGAGAUGGCAGAGCUAUUUGUGAAGCAAGCAAAGCAAUAUGCAGAUGCAAAACCAACUUAUCCUCCACAACUCUUUCAAUACGUUUCUUCAAAGACUCCCUCUCACAACCUCGCUUGGGACGUUGCUACCGGAAGUGGCCAAGCUGCCAAAUCAUUAGCCAAGUUGUACAAGAAUGUGAUAGCCACAGAUGCCAGUGAGAAACAACUUGAAUUUGCAACCAAGCUCCCAAACGUGAGAUACCAACACACCCCAUCAACCAUGUCCAUGACCGAGCUUGAACAAAUGGUGGCACCUCGAGGAACCAUAGACCUUGUGACCAUUGCCCAAGCCUUACACUGGUUUGACCUACCAACCCUCUACCAACAAGUCAAGUGGGUUCUCAAGAAGCCUCAUGGAGUCAUUGCUGCUUGGUGUUACUAUCUGCCACGAGUUAAUAGUGAUGUAGACACUAUACUUGAUCAAUUAUAUUCCAUUAGUGCAAGCCCUUAUUGGGACUCAGCAUGUACAUUGUUUGAUGAUAAGUAUAGAAGCAUUGAUUUUCCAUUUGAGCUUGUGGAUGGGGCAGAUCACACAGGACCCUUUGAGUUUGUAACAGAGACUGUGAUGGAUUUGGAUGAUUUCUUGACUUAUAUAAAAUCAUGGUCAGCGUAUCAGACGGCAAAGGAGAAAGGAGUGGAGCUUCUUGGGGAUGAUGUUGUUCAAAAGCUUAAACUUGCUUGGGGUGAAGGUGAUAAAAAGAUGGUCAAAUUUCCGGUUUAUUUGAGAAUUGGAAGAGUAGGGAAUGUCUGAAAAUAUGUAAAUUAAAUGAUAUGUUAGUUUUUUGUCAGAAGUGGAACAAGAAACUUCUUUUAUGCAUUAAUUAAAUAAUUUAGCUUCUUUGGUACUAU